AUGGCUUCCGGACGCUCAGAACGCGUCUAUCAUCAGGAUUACAUUGCGCGCAUCCGAUACUCCAACACACUACCACCGCCGCCCAACCCGCCAAAGCUUCUCGAUAUCCCUGGAACCGGUCUUGCUUCGAACAACUACACAUCAGCUUCGUAUGCUCUCAAGCUUGCAAGAGAGCAACCCCUGAACAUCGAGGCCGAUGCCGAGCUUGGAAUGCCCAUUGACCUGGUCGGUCUGCCAGGUGUCUUUGAUGGGGAUGAGAGUGCCAUCAUGGCCCAAGAUCCACUGCCGUCGCUCCACCCUAAGGACCGAGCACUGCUCAAGCCACUAUCAGCACUCGGCAAACCGACCGCAAUGAACUCUGGUGUCAGUUUCCUUCGCAGAACCGAGUACAUCUCGUCCAAUGCCGCCGCAGUACAACGCUUCGAAUCGAGCACAUCCAAGGAUCUGUUGCGCGUACGAAACGAUCCCAAACGCCGUAAGACGCAGGCUCUCAAUCGCGACGACCCCAUCAACAUUAUCAGAUCGCUUGUCAAGGGCUUCGACCUGGCUUACCCCGAGGAUGCCUAUACUGGUCAAGAUUCAUCGACAAACAUUCGUGGCGCUCCCAUUACCGAAGCCGACAGAAGUGCUUGGAAUAAGCCGAAACACCCCUCCAACCCCAAUCUUACUCUCCUGGAUGCAUACCCUCUUCUCCCCGAUAUGGAUGCUCUGCCCUUGACAGGCGACUACCAGAUCGUCAAGUUCAGCACAAACCCUGUCGCUACAUCAGACUCCUACGACCAGCGUCUCGACACAGCUGUGUUGCGACCACUCGGCGCAGACCUCGCCUUGCACGAAGACCGCAUAGCUGCCCACAAAGCCGACCCAACCAUGCCAAAGCCGCUUGCCGAAUGGGAUUACGAUUUGUUCUUGGCAGAAAACGAGAGUUCAGUACGCGGCAUCAAGCGCAAGUUCAAUCCCAAUGACGCACAGAACGACGACCAGUCCCUGUAUGACAACGAGGCCGAUGGUGAGGGCUGCUUCAUGUUCCAGCGCGUUCGUGAAUACGAGACCUAUCAGCAAGCAGGUGACGCAGACAAUGCCUAUGGUGAUACCGUUGCUCUUGCUCUGCACGACGAUGAUGGUGUUCGCUUGGAAAAGGGUGCCUACUUCUACCCUGUCAAGCAGAGAACCAACCUCAGACCCAAGCGCAAGACUCCUGGUUUCGUGGACGAGAAUCGUGCCGAGCCUGUCGAUGUGCUACAGCUCAAGGUCCGGGACCCUAGCUCAGAUGAAGCCGCUCAGCGCUUGGAGCAGAAAGCCCUGCUGGACCCUACCACAGAAAGCGCAUAG